AUGGCGGCAGGCCUCAAGACUAUUAUUGCGCUCUCCUUUGUCCUGGCCAUAGGCUUUCUGCUUGUCAUCCUAUCCGCCGCGCUCUUCCACAACUACCUCACGCUGCUUGUGGUUGCGACCUAUGUGCUCGCGCCGGUGCCGAACUGGAUAUGCGGAAGAUGCGCCAACCCCGAUGAUUUUAUGGAGAGUGCUGGCAAUGCGGUGAUUGACUUCGGGAGAUUUUGCACCGGAUUUAUGGUGGUAAUGGGCAUUGCUCUCCCUAUUCUGCUGGCCCAUACAGCAUUGAUCCAAAUCCCCGCCAUGGUCAUGUCCAUCAUUGGAGGCCUUCUCAUCUACGGCACUAUUAUAUCAUUUACGCAAUUCUUUAAAGAAGAGCAAGACUUCUGA